AAAUAUAAUCGCAAAGUAAUAAUUAAUAAUUAUUCAUUAUUUGAAUUAUUAUUUUUUUAGAAAUUAAUUUUAUAACGUAACGCUUCAGCUAUACUCAAGUUAAUAAACUACUGAAAUGGUAUGCAUGACCUAAUUAUUGUAUAGCUAUUGCACAGGAUAAGUGAGAUGAGAGAAUUGCAAAUAUUGAUUUGAUAAAAUAUCGCAAUGUUGGCGGUUCUGAUUGUUUUGCUUCGCGCCGCGCACCCCGCCCACAAAUGGCUGUCAAGCGCAGAAGUUAAUUGAAAAAUGUAUUUUAAUAUUUUCUAAUAUAAUUUCGUUUAUUACACAAUAAUUGUUAGCCUGAAUAUGUGUUUGUGUAGUGUAAAUAUUAAACUGUAGUGUCUAGUGUUGUUUAUUAUCGCCAGUGAUAACUCGUGGUGCCACAAAAUAGUUCAUGUAAACGCAAAGUACUCUAGUACGUUACCAACCCUGGUACAAGUAUGAUGCGAGUAUAGUUCUGGCGUAAAGCAGUUUCUGGAGACCCGGUACCAAGUCCAGCUCUCCGAUGCAUUUCUGGAUAGAUAAACGCAGCCAGUGUGCGUACACCGGCCGUCACAGGGUGCCAUCUUCAUUGUCUGCUGGCAGGGCCCGCGGCCGCGUGUGCGCGGGCGGCGCGGGCGUGGGCGUGGGGGCGCGCAAGGGCAUGGCAGCGCCGGUGCAUCGGUUCGCGGCCGUCGACUGCCCGCCGCGUCGGCCGCACCGCACGCACAGGCACUAUGCGCUCCCGCCAAUGCCGGCGGUGCACGCGUCGCGUCGCGGCGACGAGUCGAGCCUGUACGUGGAGAUACCUGCCGCGCCCGAGCAGCCCACCAUCGCGAGCCUGGCCGCAGCACGCAGCGUCACCCCCGACACCUUACUGCGCACCGCGGCGCUGGGCCUCCACCACACGCCCAUGAUGGCCCCACAUCUUAAGUUCGGAAUGCUCGUGUCUUUCGCCCUGGCUACUGUAUUCCUAGCCGGUGCCAAGUAUUACUUCGAUCGGCAGGUGCUGCGCGAGUCGACGGGCGGGUCCGGGGGCGGCGAGGCGGGCGUGGUGUGCGCGGCGGUGGCGUGCGUGUGCGGGCUGGGCUGCGCGCUGUCGCUGUGCCGCGCCAAGCCGCCGCCGCCCGCGCCGCCCGACCGCGUCUCCUCCACCGCGCAGCGAGACCGACCCCCGCCACCGGAGCCAACGGACGAAAUCUCUCUUGGUUUACUACCCACGGAGCGCCCCCGCCCAGUCCCGGCCGCAGAGGCACCGCCCCCCUACAAGAUUGCCGUACUGAUGCCCGCGCGGGACCCCAGCCCCCCGCCACCUGCCUACAGCUCGCUCAGCUAGCUACUUACUCCGGUGAGCCAGGAGUUCAUCAUAUAGACCACACGAUCCGGGUAAGGUUACGCUUACUUAUAUCUUAAGCGGAAUAUUGCUUCCUCGGUUUUGAUUGUGCCCCAAUUAGCGAUAAAUAUUGAGGAAUGAACCUGUCAGGAUGUUCCAGUUGAAAAGAGUUGAAAUAAAGAAAAAUCUGGAAAGACAAAAACAUUAAGACAGAUAUAAUAAUUUAGCUUUAAAUGUUUCAUUUUAAUAUUCAAUACAUAAUGUAAAGCAAUAUGUACAUUUCAGUUUAAAUGUUGAUUCACAUAUCACAGUAUUAAAAAUAUUUGCUAAUGUUUGCAGCUGCUUACAACACAUAAAUGUUUGUAAUUGCAAAAUAUUGCCUUGAACACCGCAUUUAUUUAUAUAAUUAAAUUAAAUUAUUUUACACCCAUAUUAAUAAACAAUGGUAGACAGUUUUUACCAUUGUUUAAGUGUUCAUGGCCAUUGUUUUAGCUCGUAAUUUUGAAACCUUUUCCCAACCAAGCUUAGCAACUGUCUUCUAUGAUUAAACAAGUAUUUAAAAAGUUAUUAACCUUACCCAUCCCACGUAAGUCUAUAUUUUACACUCAAAUCCUGUCUCACCGUGUAGAUUUUUAUCUACUAAACUGAUUUAGAAAUUCAUUUAUUUACUAUCAUCGACAGAAUUCGAAUGAAUUUUGUGAUCAUCCCCAUAUUUAUUUAUUGUAUACGUAUAAAUCCAGGUGCGGAUUCAGAUUAUAAAGUUACUCUUUAAUGUGUUAUACGUGUUAGUCUUCGUGUAAGCAUAAGUUUAUGUGCAUUUGACUGUGGGGGGUUAUGGUCCCCGCAACAAAUUUUGGAGUCCGCAUCUGGUUAUAUUUUUUUUUUGUGUUUAGUACAUUUAUUUAGUUAUAAUUUGUAGUUUUUAUACGCGCGUCGCCUUUUGACGCUGUGGUGUAAUCGCGAUUUUAUUGUAAAUAAACAAUAAAUAAGGUGUUCAAAUAAUCGGCGAAUACUCUUAGAUGUAAUCUCAUUAUAGUUUUGUAUCUGUUUUGAAUGCGUAACGCGUAAUUUUGGAGAAACCCCAAUAUAAUCUAUGUAUGUAUGUAUGUAUGUUUAGUAUAGUGUAGGAUGUCGUCCGGUGUAUAGUGUAGUGCCGUGCUGGGGGAUGUGAUUAUCACGCUAUCGAUAUCGAUAAAUUAUUUAUCUCGUUUCUAGUAUCGUUAAAAGUACAGGGUGUUGUGGGAAAGCGAAGGGAGUAACUAAUUAUUUUUGUAUAAUAUAUUAAAGCACUUUUCUUGUGUGCAUAUUUUAUUUCAUCGACUAUGAAGUCUAGUUUUGGACGGCGAAUUUAACGUAAUGUCGGGCACAAUAUCUUAAUGUGUUGAUAUUUAGUUUGCAUUGACUAUCUUGUACUUUAUUUUAGGUAUAAUAAUUGAGAUUAAAAUAAUACUAAGGUAGGUACAUAAAGGUUUUACAUCAAACAAAGGCGAUCAAACCUCUAAAACUUUUUCAGGAGGCAGCUAAGAGAUAAUUAGUAAUAGUAUUAUCAGUCGUUAUAGGUAGCGUGGUAACUCCCCUGGUUACAUUAGGACGCAUAUAUUUACGCGUCAGUACGUGCGAUUUUUAAACGGAACAAUUUGGUGUCGACGGCGCUUCGUUCAAGCACCGCCAUUAGUGUUACGCAAGUCUCUAGUACCAAAAUUUAUUUUUAUAUAAUUUAAAGGUACUCUUAUAUACGGAUCUCAUUAUAUUUUAAUUGAAUGUAUGUAUAAAGGAUUACGCACAAAAAUGUUUUUUCAUUGGGUGAUAUUUAAAUAAUUCUAUGAUGCUAGAUUUUGUAAUUUAUUGUACUUAUUUUAGUGUAAAUUUGCAGAUUUAUUGUUUGGCUACGACUAAGCUUUAAUCUACUUACAAUAUGUACUGAUUUAUGUUUUGAAAGAACGAGUUACAGGGAUGUAUUAAGAAAAGGGAAGAAGGCAUUAUAGCCCCCAUUACACACAAUUAAUGUAUGUAAUAAAAUCACAUGGGGGAAUUAGGAGCUGUAGAAAUUAAUAGCUAAAGGUAAUACAAAUGGAUUUUCUUCUCUUAGAAUUUUGAAUUAUUUUGUUACCGCAAAUAGAAAAUUUUAUAAUGGAUUGUAAAGGUCUAUUAUGUUUUUGAUUUUAUUUUAAGUGCCAAUGUGAUCCAACUAGCUUAUAAAUAUUCACAUAGAUGUCAUUAAAAUAAACCACAAAAUAUAAAGCCAAAAUAAACAUGUUCACUUGCUAAGCCAUUGAAACUUCACGAACUCUUGAAUUUAUCAAUAUUUUCUUCUAUAGCACAUAAGCACUAAACACCAUCAUGCACAGUGGUUGCCAAAUAAAAAAUGAUAUAUUUUUUUUGUUUUGAAGAAUAUAAAUCUAAAAUAUUUCGGUUAAUUGUAAAAAAAAAUUAACUGUAUGAAAAUAAAUAAAGUCAUGACGUGCGGAGGUCACCGAGCGGAGUCGUACGUAGUCGAAAGUAAUUACAUUGAGGUGCCAUACUCGCUAUCACUUGUGGCUUCCUGAAAAUACUCUGAUGGUAAAUGACAAAUUUUAAAUAUUUAUAAUAUUUGGUUUAUUUAGAUUUUUUCACUAUUCCAGGCGUAGAGAUUUAUCCGAAAAGUGAAUUAUAAAAAUUAGAAUUGUCUCUCUAAAAGUACAUUAAAUUCACCAUUCAUUAUCCUACUUCUUUACCACAAAUUCUUGGCAAUUUGACUAUCGAAACACUAUCCAGAAAAAGAAAUCUAUGAAAUAGAGGAAAAAAAGCAGGAAUAAGGUAAUCCUGUUUAUAAUAAGUAAAAUUAUCAACUUUCUGAUUGUCAGUUUAGUUGUAAGAUGAUCUAGUCGUUAGUAUAAAUGUGAUGUUCCCUUCGUUGGCGUAUUGCGAUCGUUGUUACACGUUUGUUUGUAGGACUGAUUGAGUUUAUCAUUUUGUAACUGAUGCUUGAUUAUAAUAAACUGUGUAACUGUGA